CUUUGGAAUGAUCUUUAGUCAUGGUGCAAUGGUCAUCAAUUUCGGUGGAAAGGAAAUAAUACAUAAAGACAAUGAUAGGGAAGUUGACUUUGUUAUUCCUGGCAUUUUGCGUGUUGGUGGUAUGUUUGAUGAACGAAUACCUAAUUUGAAAGGCAGAGUUGCAUGCGUUGGAUUUUACAAUGAUAUGUAUGAUCCACUUCAAAGUGAUUCAGAACAACAUUGCAUGGCUCCGACAUGGACAAAUAACAUGCCAAAUUGUUCAACAUCAGCAAUCCAAAGAACUGAAACACCGGCUGGUCAUUUUAAGAAGGAAGUAAAUAUACAACUCAGCAAUUUAAACAUGAUAUCCACAAGUUCGGAAUGUACUCGUCUUCGAUGCGCUCUGUCAUGUCUGAGAGACAAAAGAUGCCUGUUUUUUAGAUAUGCGCCAUCAGCGUCAGGAUGUUCACUUUGUACUUUGUAUGAUAUCAGUGUCAAGGGAACGGGUGCAGGAGACAAUUUCUUGUAUAAAUGGAUUUAGAAAUUAGAUAUAGUACAGAACGGUUUUACACCAAAAUAAAUGCAUAUUAUAUAUGUCACUUUUUAUGUGAAAUCACUUAUCGUCUUAUAUGUAUGGAUAUUUUUUCUAUUUAUAUCUCAAAAUGGUUUUAAAAAAAAAGGAAACUUAGGGACUUUCAUAACUUUUCAAUUUAUGCUUAUGACUCUCAACUGAUCUAUGUUUUAUCCUUUGACAGUGUCCGAAAAACAAGAGUGGACUUUUUUCCACGAUAAUUCGAAAACCGAUGAAAUAUUUAAUUAUUACGAAGAUAUGUGUUUUUUUUUGUCUGGCGUGAUAUUAAGGAAUAACAGUAUUAUAUACGAAGAGCUACCACUGUCAGUUCAUAAUUUGAUAGUCGUUAAUAAUGAAUAACCAUGAAACACAUAAAUUACAGUUUAAUCAUUCAAAAUGUAAUAGUUUAACAUGUUUUACAAUUCCUAAGAAUGAAAAUUGGGUUCAGACACAAGUUUCUUCUCAAACUCUUAUGUAUUGCAAUAUGUAAAUAAAUUAUUUUAGUUAUCUUAAAAAAGAUUUGGAACAAAAAAAUAUUAUUAAUAACUGUUCAAAGAAACAUUUCAACAUCUCAUUAAAAUGUGGUCUGAAGUAUAUCGAAAAUAAAUAAAUUGUUGGUUAUUAUAGUCCAAAUAUACACUAACAUUUGUACCUUAACAAGAUUAAUAAAUCAUAUAUAACUAGAAUGGAUACUGACCCAUGUUUAAAUGUGGAGCAUUAUGAGGCCUUGUACAAUUUCCUGUAUACAAAUAUAUCAAAAGCUUGUUAUGCACGUUUAAUUUUACUUUUAUUCUUGUCUUUCAUUUUGCUUAUGUGCUUUGGGUACUUGCCUUUUGAUUUUCUUUGAUACAUGUGACGUCACUCUGUACUUACACAUCCCGUUAUUGUGCUAUUGUAAAACAUACCGUUAUUGUGCUUUAAUUGUAAAAAAAAUUGUAUUCC